AUGUAUAAAUGCUGUGAUCAGAUACUGAAGAAACCAUUUCUAUGUGACAUUAGUGUGAAGUCAUUCAUCAUAAGAAAUCAAUUAACUGAACAUAAAUUAAUUAUUGGAGGAUCAAUAGUUCAUACUAACAAUAUUUGUGGCAAAAGUUUCAUUAUGAGCAAUGCAUUAUCUGAUCACAAAAAUAUUCUCGCAGGAGAAACAUCCUAUCCCUGUGAAAUCUGUAGUGAACCAUAUGAUACAAGUCGAGGAGCCCAACACAAAUGUAUUCAUAGAGAAGAGAAGUCAUAUCUCUGCAAAAUCUGUGGUCAGUCAUUCUUUCAAAGAAGUCUUUUCACAUCUCAUAAACAUGUUCAUAUUGGAGAGAGGCCACAUGACUGUCAUACAUGUGGAGAAAAGCCAUAUCGCUGUGAUAUUUGUGGUGAAUCAUUUUCUUACAGCCAUAUUUUAACUACACACAUACGUGUUCACACAGGAGAGAAACCAUAUAAGUGUGAUAUCUGUGGAAAGGCAUUCUCUGAAAGGAGUCCCUUAAUAAAACAUGUACGUAUUCAUACUGGGGAGAAACCCUAUCAGUGUGAUAUAUGCGAUAAAUCAUUUUCUCAAAGAGGAUAUCAUGUGAAAUGGGCCUGA